AUGAACUAUUCAAUGCAAGUUAAGAUUUUGUCCAAAAACCUCAUUAAACCAUCAUUACCAACGCCACAACACCUUAAAAAUUACAAGUUAUCUUUCUUUGAUCAAGUUCAAGGUGUAACUUAUAUAAAAGCAACGGUCAAUUGUAAGCUUGAUGAUUUCCUUCAACAAGCAAACAAAGACGUUGAUCUAGCAUUGCCAUUUUGGCCUCAAGGAAUUAUGGAUGUGGACGAGACGAAUUUAUUCGUCACGCCAGUUAUGGUUGUGCAAGUCACAACAUUUGAAUGUGGUGGUCUAGCCCUAGCUAUUAGCCAUGCACACCCUGCUAUGGACGGAUGCACCACAUUCAAAUUCAUUUAUGAAUGGGCUAAAGUGUGCAAAUUUGGUACUCCUUCUAAGGAUAUCAACUUGAACCUCAAUUUAGGCACUCUUUUCCCUUACAAAGAUUUAACAACUAUUCUUGAGCCUCCGGUUGACGAAGGCAAACGUAAAAACUCUAAGUUAGUUGCCAGAAAGUUUGUUUUUGAGGAAGAUGCAAUAUUGAGGCUCAGAGAGAAAUUUGACUCAACAACUGGCGAAGGUUUGAGUUUCAAACCUUCGCGAGUUGAGAUGAUUACAACACUUUUAUGGAGGUCACUUAUCCGUUCCACAGGAAGUACUUCACAUUUGAAACGGUCUAUAAUGGCAUUUCCAAUUAAUUUACGUGGUAAGGUAGCAGCUUUUCCUGAAAUUGCCAACUCUUUUGGGAAUCUUAUUAUCGAAAUUCCAAUAAAAUUUGAACACGACGAUGAAACAAAAAUGGAGUCGUUGCAUCACAUUGUAAAACUAAUAAGAGAGUCAGUUCAAGUGAUUAUCAGUAAAUGUGUCAAAGCUACUCCGGAUGAAAUAGUUUCUUUGGUUAUCGACUUAUACAAGGAUAGUUACGCCGGAUUAGAAUGGGGAGGAGACAAUGAAGUUAUGAAUUUUACAUGCUCAAGUUUAUGUAGGUUCCCCGUACAAAAAACUGAUUUUGGAUGGGGAAAACCAAGUUUAAUGCACUUUGGGUCAAGGCAUAGCCAAGUUUUUUGGUUGUAUGAUACUGAAUGUGAGACUGGAAUUGUUGUGCAAAUGGAUUUUGGAGGAAAAGUACAUGGAUAA